AUGUCUAAUCUGCAGUUUCUGUCGCACCCGCAUCUCCCUGUCCUCAAAUUUGAACCACCCAGAGUCCAAGUUAUGCACACACGUAUUCAAUUCAUGCCCUUAUGUCGAUGUUUCCUAUCCCUAUGUCUUCUCUGCUUUGCUACCCUCGCUUCGUGCUACGACACCACCCACUCAUAUUUCACGAUCAAAGAACCCCAGGGGAGCACUCAAUGGUUGAACAACGCUGUGAACGUCCUCUCAUGGGAGAAGGGCGUCUGGGAUGGGCUGACUUUUUUUGACAUUGAGAUGACGAGGCUAAACGUAAAGGGGAUCACGUAUGUAGCGUUCAAUAUGCAAGCUCUCCCCUCCUCCCCUACGUCUUUGAAUAUCUACCUCGAGGACGUACCCACUGGAGACGACUAUUUUAUGGUUUUCAUAAACUCUACGCAUAUGGUUAGGCAUUGUCUGUCGGACAGGUUCUCUAUUGUUAAUGCUACGGACGUAUCCUCGGCGUCAGCAUCUGCAUCGGUAAUACCGGAUUCGUCGAUACCGACGGUGACGAUAAGCGGCUCGCCGAACCCAACGAAGGUUUUCAUUACGACUUUUGCGAGUAGGGCUAGUUCGGUGGUGUGGGGGUGGGGCAGUGGGCAGGCGUGUGGUGGUGUGGCGUUGGUGGUGGGUUUGGCGGUGGGUGCGAUGAUGGCGCUGUGGUAG